AGAAGAGCUCAAGAACAGACAUCUUUCAAGAAGCAAGAGAAUUGAAAUACUGAAGUGAAAUACUGAAGAUGAUGCUGCAGUGGUUGAUACUAUUGACGCUGUUUGUUCAUAACAGUUUAGCUUUCGGGCUUUAUGAUGAUACAGAUGGUAUGUGUUAUUAAAUCAAUAAUUGCAUUUAGGUUUCUGUAUUGCACGGACCCAUGGUGCUUCGAGGUUAGUGCCUCUUCGACCGCGGUUCCAUUCCAGCAGUGUGCAGUUGCGUCCAUGUUAUUAUUGCCUCAGUAUACUGUUGUUCUUAGAUUUUAACAAAGGGCCAUUGGCCAAGGACAAAUUGAUCAAAUUUUGGUUGAAUUCGGGAAAAAAUUAGACGUCAUAUUUUAAAAAGUUUGAUUCUUUUUAUAAUAGUAAUUAUAUUCCUUUAAGUUUACCUUUCUUUAUUUCGCUUUAAAACAAAAUAUGCUAGUACAAAAAUUAUUUAAUUAACGGGAUCGGAAGCUUUGUUAUGGCUAAUACGUAUAAUGACUGAUCUUGUACUGAUUCAAACUGUGUGUUCUUUCCUCAAAACAGAUUACGAUCUUUGGCGACGUCAACUCGGUGGACCUGGAGUACAACCAACAUCAAAACCUGAAAACGGUAUAACACGUCAGUAAAACCUAAUUUAAUAACUAAUUAAUAAUUCAUAGAGAAAAAUCCAAUUCCAGGUACGUAAACAAAAUUAGUCACGUGCAUGCGUCUAAGUAGUCAGCCUAUAGCCUUUUCCCAAAAGAGAUCACAGUGCAUUCUGGGAUCGUUUGGAGGGACAAAAUAAUGGCGACAGGCGUCAAAUAUGUGAAAGAGUAUAGAAGUAUCUACUAUAAAAUAUCAACUUUUUAGACGACCAAAAAUUUAAAAUAUAUCCUUUUUACAUUAAACAUUUAAUUUAAAUGCAGUGUGCUGCCAUAUCCAACAUGAGAAUUGCGCGACUAGACCAAGGACUUUGGAAAAUGGCUAAUACAGUAGAUCUUUGUUAUUCAUAUUAGACAAAGAUUUUCAUGUAAAGAUUUUUUAUUUUGGAAGUUAUGAAUAAUUAAUUAAUGAAUAAUUAAUGAUAUAAUAUUCACAAAACGAGUAGGGGGGGCUUUAUCAUUGUAUUCAAUUUAUCGUCUUUAUACAAUGUUAUAUAUAGCUUGCAUAUAUUAUAUAUAUUACCAAUGUUCUUACCUUUACAUGCAUAUGCUGUACUUAAUAUCCAUUACCAAUGAUGCCAAACAAUUAUUAUUUUAGAUUGCCGCAAAGAUAUUCUUGUCGUUUUGGACAGUUCGCAAUCUGUCGGUGCACUAUAUUUCAAGAGCAUACGGAAUUUCCUAAUCACACUUGUCGAAAAAUUGAAUGUGCGUAAAGACGGCACACAAAUUGGUUUCAUCACAUUCUCAAAUUCAACUAGAACCAAGAAAUUGUUGGACGUUGGCGAAAAAACAGAUGCAACAGAAUUAAUAGAUUGGUUGGAGAAGCUUAGCUAUGAAAGAGAACUGAUGGGCGAUUAUACCAGGACAGGUCUUGCAUUUCAGAUAGCAAACAAUGUAAGUCAACGUUUUGCUUGUAGAAACACACCAUAUUUAAGUAGUACACUGUAUAUUAAGAACUGUCACUUGUUAUCGACAUAGUUAAUGCAUGAACGUACAUACGUUCUACAAGGUUGUCAAUGGACUUAGCCAAACUAUUGGAUUAAAUUAUAAAAUUUAACUGACCAAUUAAUUUUUAGCAACAUACAACUAAUAAAAUUUCCCGUUAAUUAAGUUGCCUCAGAGUUUGAAUUUUUCAUUCAAUUCUGAGGCACCUCAAGGGGAGAUUUUAUUACCGCUGCCGUUGCUAUGGCAACAAUGACGUUCCAAAAUGGCGGAUAUUUUGGCUUUAAUAAAAAUCGACAUUGGCAACUCCCAAAUGUUAUUUCAUAGAAUGAUUUCUUUCAGUAUACUCAAUUAUCUUAAUCAGUAAUUUGAAAAAAUUCUGUUGAGCCAAAAAGGAUUAUUACGAAUAAUCACAAUUACUUAAUUUGAAAACUUUCUCUCCUUGUCAAAAUAAUUGUCUAAAAAAUGUUUCGAGCCACAUUAAAACAACUUGUUUUUAAAGAUGUUUAGUUUAAAAAGUCCUUCAAAUGCCCGCAAUACAGUAGAGGAUGUUAUAUUGUUGUUCACCGACGGAGAACCACAUAGCCCACACGGAAAUUACGGGGAGAGAAAAAUUGUUGAAACUGAAACGAAUAAACUGAAGGAGAAGGACGUUACAAUUGUCGGCGUGGCAGUUGGAAUACCCGCGCAGAUUAAAACGUUCAAGAAGUACAUUCAAAGCUGGGUAACAGACUCAAGCGAAGUAGCAGAAACAUCGUGGGAUACGUUGGAAAAAGAUGUGGACGAACUAGUGAAUAAGCUAUUUAAUCCUUUGUGCAAACCAGAAGCAGGUAAGUGCUGAAAAAAUUUACGCCAUAAGCCAAUAGACAACUUGCAUGUUAGACUAAUUUUUUAUAAUUAUCUAGGGAAAAUAAGUAAAUUCCCGUAAAGAACUUAGUAAAAUUAGUAAAAUUGUUUCUUUUAAUUUCAAAUUCAUUUAACCUAUAGAAUUUUAGUCAUUAAAUACAAUUGUUGAUUUGCUGCAUGAAUGUUGUCGAUUUUUCUUUCGUCGCUAUAUAAAUUUGAGACUCUCGGGAAAACAAAAUUAUUUCCCUCGGGAACAGAAUUAAGUGUAUACUGUUCCCUUAUUGUGACGUCAUUCAUAUCCGACCAGAGUCAUGCAUAUCCAAGAUGGCGAAUAUUUUUUAAACCAUGGCCAAGAACGGUAAAAAAAUCUGUGAGAAGCUUUCUUUUGAAAUAUAUUUCCAUUGCUAUUUACUUUCAACAUGAGUAUCAUUUUUCAUUCAUCAGGUGAAUGCUCCUGCAAAGGCGAUAGUGCUGCAACAGUUACAGCCUAUAUGAAAAAAGGUGAAAUCACAACACAGGUCGAAUGGUUGGACGCAAUGGAAUGCACCGGGAGUGCUUCUUAUACCAUGAAUCCACCUGAUGCUAAGUCUGGAGAUAGAUUUGGCCUGGGCAAACACGUGAUUACUUAUUCGAGCUCGUACACUAACAAUGCUGGAAAGAAUAUAGAUCUCAUAUGUCCUGUUCAGGUCACUGUUGCCAGUAAGUGAUAAUAACUAAAGAUCUUUUACAACUUUUUAAUCAGCAUCUUGCAAUUCGCAUAGAGAUUAUAAAAGAGGGAGCAAUGCGAGAUAGAUUUAAUCAAACGAAAGGCACAAAUUGACAUCGAGAUGGUAAAACAAAAGAGUGGGCGUUGCAGGAAAAUGUCAGGCAAACGAAAGGGACAAGUUAAAGCUUGCUAAUGGGGGAAAAUUUGAGUUAUACCCGGAUGUAAAACCAAGAAAAUCUAUUGUUUUACCUUUUGGCUACAAUUCAAGUAUUCAAUCCUCCUGGUAUUAUCAACAGUCCUGACUUGUUUUAGAUUUGUUUGAGGCGAAGAUAUGAAAAAUUUUCAUUUUAUAUCGUGGAAAAUGGUAAAAAUUUGGACGGCUGAAGACACGAAGAAAACAGCGCUCUUCAACAUCAAAAAAGCGCUUUAAAACAUUUCUACCGUUACAAACCUUAUUUUGUAUCAAAGUGCAGAUAAGAAUUUUGAGCUUUUAGUCUUUGCUUGAACUAUGCUAAAACUGGAAAAAUCGAUGCUUUCAAAGUUAUAUAAUUUUCGUUAUUUCCCGCUCCUCCUAAACAUCGUGUUUUAAUUUCUUCAUUUAGCCUGCGAAUGUCCCAGUAUCCAAACAGUGCAAGCACAUCAUUUGCCCGGUGUGGACAAAACAUCCUAUGCCAGUUGGACCGAACCUGCGCCAAAUUGCCCGGCCAAGCCAAACCCGAGUAGGGCGCACAGUGGAUGGUUCUAUGCUGGUGAAACUACUGUCACACACAAGUACAGAGUGGCAAACAAGUUUGAUCUGGAAUGUCCUGUGAAGAUUGUUGUCCCAGGUGGGUCCAGUUCACUUUGAAAAAAAGAUUCAAGAUAUUUAAUACGAACUUUCGCUUAGCCUCGUAACCUCCGCCAGGACAUUAUGUUUUCGUCCGCAUUUGUAUAUACCGUUACAGUAUGCGUGUGUGUGUGUGUAUGCAUGUGCGUCUCUCUGUCAGUUGUCAGCACGAUAACGUUAGCACGAUAAGUUGCGGAACGAAAGGCUGGUCUCCACUAUCAAAGUUUCUGUGAUCACAGUAAGAAUUUUGCGUUGGUAAAUUCUAAGUUUUGAAGAAGUUGUAAGAAAUGUUUGAGGUGUUAAACAUGCACUGACUGUCAGUUUCUUCGAAAAUUAGAGUUUACCUAUGCAAAACUCACAGAAACUUUGAUAGUUUAAACAUGGAUAAUAAAAUAAAUGGAUCGGACACUAGCUGACGUCACAGUCUAAACCUAGUUGCAAUCUGUGACGUCACGCGUGUUGCCAAAGUUCUCGGCUUUUUGUUGUUUCGCUAUUGAAGCGUAAACUGGUCUUAUUGUUUUAAAAAUAUGCCUAACCACGACAAGGUAUUCAAGGUAAAUGUUUUUCGUCUUUGUUUUGUAUUUUUUUUUACAUUUGUAGCUACGAAAUUGGCGUCAUGCACCAAUUUUAACGAAAUUUGGGAUGGAUUUUUCACUGUUUAGUGCUUGAAAUAUUUGCUAAAAUUGACUGGAAAUACUUAGAGAUUUCAUCGUAGAAUGGCGUAGUUAUAUUUAUUUGCUCUUUGACUAAAAUGUUUAGCUGUAUUAUUGCUAAACCUGCCGUUUUUGAGAAUUUGGUUUGCAACUAGGUUUCAACAUUCAACAACGCCAUCAUCCCAUUGAAAACAUUAGGUCAUGUCAGCUAGUUUGCUAUCCAUUUAUUUUACAAUCCAUGGUUUAAACCAGCCCUAAUAUAGACAUUUGUUCAUGUUUCAGUUCUACACUACUGAUUAUACCGUAGGUCAAAUCACUCAAUGUCUCAUCAUGAAUAUAUUACCUGUAUUUCAGGAGAAUUUUGCGGUAAUACGGCUUAUGACCCAGCCACUCAAGUUUGCUGUUGUGAUAAAGUUUCUAGCAAGAAAAAUGACGGGCAUAGCCAUAGGUGCUGUGGCCAGAACUACAUUAAUCCUGGCAAGAAGAUGUGUUGUCAAGGCAACAAACCUGUGCGCCUUCCAGGAUCAUGCCGUCCAUGAGAUGACCUUCUGUCACAUAUCAAGGAACUUUUUGCUUGCUUAUACGUAGAAAAUAACAAUAGUAUGUUAUUUGUAUACAUUAUACACAAAUGAUUAUACAUUAGUGUUAUCAUAUUGGUUUAAAUUUUUGCCAUUAAACGAAAUACAUUC